UCCACCCCUUGAUUUUGUAUAGACGUCCUUUUUUUCCCCUUCCUCCUCACACUACUUCUUUCAAUUUGGUGAUUUUGUUCAAUCCUUCACCCUAUUAACUUUUUGGUCACCUCUCUCUCUCCUCUCUCUCUCUCUCUCUCCUUUCUCUUUGUUCCGUGUCUGUCUAUAAUAACAUAAGCCCAUCUACCCAACCCACUUUGUCCUCCCCACCCCUUCCAAUUUCUAUCAUGACUGAUCAUCCAUAUUCUAAUAAUCACUUGAAUGGUUGGUUGAAUCUCAACCCAGUUCACCAUGAUCAAUAUCACCAAUAUCACCACCACUACUUCUCUUCUUCCAGUACUUCUAAUUUUAACCCUAUUUUCCCUUCUUAUCAUAACUACUAUAAUAACAAUAUCUACAACAACAACAACAACAACAACAACUAUAUUAUUCGACCUCCUUCUCCUCCUCUCAAAGAAGCUCUUCCUCUACUCAGCCUAAGCCCCACGAGAUAUCAUCACCAUCAUCAUGAUCACCGUGAUCAAGAUCACGACGGCCAAGAAUCCUCCUCCUUCAAUAAUAUCGUGGAAAUUAUGGAUGAUGAUCAUCACAAGAUCUGCAAAGAGAUUAAGGAUCAGGAAGAAGUAGUGAUCAGCAGCAGUAUUACUACUGGCGAUCAUGAUCAUGAAGAAACGGUUACAGUUGCUUUGCAUUUAGGGCUUCCAAGCCCUAGUAGUGCUUCUGCUGAUUUGAUCUCAAGGCUCUCUUCCACUGAGAUCUCUGAUAAAGAAGCCGAAGAUCAUAAUCUCAGCUCUGUUACUUCUUCUGGGUAUAAUUCGAACAGCCUCAACAAGGGCCAGUAUUGGAUCCCUACCCCUGCUCAGAUUCUGAUUGGUCCUACACAGUUCUCAUGCCCUCUUUGCUUCAAGACCUUCAACAGAUACAAUAACAUGCAGAUGCAUAUGUGGGGGCAUGGAUCACAAUACAGAAAAGGGCCAGAGUCACUAAGGGGAACACAACCAACAGCAAUGCUUAGGCUGCCAUGCUUUUGCUGCGCCCCAGGUUGCAGGAACAACAUAGACCAUCCUCGAUCAAGGCCGCUAAAGGACUUCAGAACACUCCAAACUCAUUACAAGAGGAAGCAUGGGAUAAAGCCCUUUAUGUGCCGCAAAUGUGGCAAGGCCUUCGCCGUCAGAGGCGACUGGAGAACCCACGAGAAGAACUGCGGGAAGCUCUGGUACUGCUCUUGUGGCUCCGACUUCAAGCACAAGAGGUCUCUCAAGGACCACAUCAAGGCCUUUGGGAAUGGCCAUGCCGCUUACGGCGUCGACUGUUUCGACCAUGAAGACGACGAAGCUGCCUCAGAGAUUGAGCAAGAUCAUCAUAUUAUUGAUUCAUGAUCAAUGUUGACAUUUCUCCUAACUAGCUAGCUAGUAUUAGUGGCUCAUUACUGGCUCUUUCUAUUUAGAUCAGCUCUGAAGAAUUUUUAUGGAAUUAUAUAUAUCUUUUUAAUGUUUGAGCUUAUACUGAAGAUCAUGUAUGGCUCCACAAAUAGGAGUUUCAAUCCAUAUUAAAGAGAGAGAGAACAUCAUUAAAAAG